GAAAAGCCUCUGUCCUUGUUUCUAAGAGGACUUACGCCGCAGUCACUCCAGGCAGCAAGACCAGCGACCAUCUCCCAUGACAUCUUAAUCAAAUAUGACUGUGCUUCACUCCUUGACUGGAUUAAUGCCUAUGUAACCGUUCAUUUGCUCUCCCUCCCUUAUCUGUGUCCAAGUUUAAAGCCUAUUCUGUGGUCAUGGGGUCUAUAGUGUCAUUUUUGCCUAGGCUAAAGGUCUAAAGCGGAUACCAAGUGGAUCUAUGUUCCUUACAGACAAAAGAAACAGCGCAGGGAAAUUAGUGGAAGUUUGAGAUAAGGGAGGAUGCGGGCGACGUGUUGGUGUGCCGUGUUUCUCCUCACUCCGGCUGUCUACCUGGUUUCAAGUGCCCACGGUUCUAUCCCGGGGAAGUCGGAGCUGCUCAAAUCAGGGAGCCCCAAGUCGACACUAAAGCAUAUAUGGACAGAAAGCAGUAAGGACUUGUCCAUCAGUCGACUUCUAUCACAGACUCUCCAUGGGAAGGAAAACGCAACAGCCCUGGACCUGCACUAUGACACUCCGGAGCCUUACUCAGAGCAGGAUCUGUGGGACUGGCUGAGGAAUACCACGGACCUGCAGGACUCCAGGCCUCGAGCCAAACGGCGGCCGAUGGUCAAGACAGGCAAGUUCAAGAAAAUGUUCGGCUGGGGAGAUUUCCACUCCAACAUCAAAACGGUCAAGCUCAACCUCCUGAUCACCGGAAAGAUCGUCGAUCACGGCAACGGCACCUUCAGCGUCUUCUUCCGCCAUAACUCCACGGGCCAGGGCAAUGUGUCCGUCAGCCUGGUCCCACCCAGCAAAAUCGUGGAGUUUGACUUGACGGCCCAGCAGUCGGUCAUUGACUCCAAGGAUUCCAAGUCCUUCAACUGCCGCAUCGAGUACGAGAAGGUGGAGAGGGGCUCCAAAAACACGCUCUGCAACUUCGACCCAUCCAAGACAUGUUACCAGGAGCAGACGCAAAGCCACGUAUCCUGGCUCUGCUCGAAGCCCUUCAAAGUCAUUUGCAUUUACAUCUCCUUCUACAGCACCGACUACAAGCUAGUGCAGAAAGUCUGCCCAGAUUAUAACUACCACAGCGAUACUCCUUACUUCCCUUCCGGCUGAAGGUAGCCGCUGACGUCACCCACAUGAAGGACAACGAGAGGCAAAGGAUGGAGCUCUCUCCCCAUCCACAACAAAUACAUGUUCCCCGAACCGCCCAUACCAUGCGCUCAUGGCCCGGAUCUAUUAAAUCGACUUGAAAAGAUAAGAAUUUGGCUAUUUGCACAAGUACUACAUGAAACUUUCAUUUGAGGGCAUAAUGUAGUGCUUUUGUUUGCUCACUUGGUUUCCUUUAAGUUAAAGCACAUAUUAUUGUUAAUGUAUUGUUUAUAUAUUUUAAUGUUCUUAGAAUAUUAUUUUACCACUGGAGUGUUUCUUGUAUAACCAUGUAAACUCUCAAUUUUGUCUUGUAAUGUUCCGUUUUAAUUUAGAAUUGUGCAAGUGUUUGAUUUUCAGAAUAUUCGUUUAAUUAGUUGAUUUGUACAAGUAUGUACAUGUUAUUAGAACUGCCAAAAGGCCACGAAGGUGUAGAUACAGUAGGACUUUUUCGUUUAGCUGGUAGCUCACCUCAGAAGCGAUGUCGCAGGAGAAUUAUUCGCGAUCAGAAUCUCAAUGUUCCCUCCACCUACAAACUUUUGAACAGCCCUGGAGUCCCCACACGUUCUUGAGUUAUUCCUCCCAGCCCAAAGGCCCAAAGAUGAGGAGAAUGGCUUUGUUCUGCUGGUUAUGAGCAGGCCUUAACUACAGGCAUGUUUUCUACCUAUUACAAAGAAGCUGUACUGUAAUAAUUGCGAAUUGUUCGGCCCGAGCUGUGUCCUGUAGUUUAAUACGAUCCAGGAAUGGUUGGAGGGCUUGCUCAUUGUCACUUAUAAUACACUGUAAUGUAAUUAAUUCUAUAUCUAGAGCCUAAUUUGUAUGAAUGGUUUGUAUUGUACAUAGUUGAUCCUGAUGGAGCUGCUUCUGUAUAUGCCUUCACUCAUUGUCUGUUAACCCAAAACCCCACACUCUCGCUCUCUCCCUCUCAGCUCCCAAUCCCAUAUAUGCUUGUUCUCGGUUCUUUGGACAAAGAAACUGAUGUUGCUGAUGUAGAUGUGAACUCAAUGAAAUCCAUGCUCUUGUACAGGGGCUGUAAAACUGUCAAAAAUAUAUAUUAGAAGUACUUAUCUGUAUGAUCAUGUUUACUUUCAGGGGAACAAGAGGAUGGAGAUGUACAAA